AUGCAUCGCGCAGCAGUAAGGGCUUUGCGGACAACCUAUCGAUGUACGGCUCGUAGCUUCGCACGCAACACCCGACGGGGCCUCUUCGAACAUAACCUCUCCACCACCCCCUCGUCCUUCGCGACCCGCCACGGCCUGCGAUACUCAUCUUCCUCCUCUUCCUCCUCCUCCUCUACGAACCAGCCUCACCACAAACCCGAGCAUGCUGUCCAGCCGCUAAAGUCCUCCAUGUACAUCCGCCGCUUCUCCGUUGCUCUCGUGUCCACACUCGUCGGCUACGGCGCCUGGUACUCGUACAACGGCCCCAGUAUCGACAAGUCCCAGAGCUUGACGAGGAGCUUCACCACUGGCGCAACCGCCGGCGGCGAUGCUGCCCCGACCCGCGCUGUUCUCGUUGUAGGCGCUGAUCAGCUGCACACCGGAACCUUUGUCGGAGAGGGUCCCAUCUCCAAAACCACCAGCGACGACGGCCGCAAGGUCAUUGAGAUGUUGACCCCCGAGCAGGCUACUCAGAAGUUGCGCAAGACGGAGCAGUCCUUCCUCGUCAACAGAGGCCAGGGUGUUCUGCGCUACGACCUUGUCCAGCUUCCUAGCAACGACCCUAUCGAGGAUGACCAUGCCGAGAAGAUUGUCGAAGUGCCUAACAAGGCCGCCGGCGUCACGGGCAACAGCAGCGACUGGAUGUUCUGGGGUGUAUUUGACGGCCAUGCUGGCUGGACCACCUCGGCGAAGCUGCGCCAGACUCUGAUCGCCUCUGUUGCCAAGGAGCUCAACAACACCUACCAAUCUUCCGCUGACCUGUCGCCGGCAGCUGAUGCCAUUGAUGCUGCCAUCAAGUCCGGCUUCACCCGUCUCGACGAUGAGAUUGUCAAUCAGAGCGUCGAGAGGGUCCUCAAGGCCGGCUCCAAGACCAUGGCCGCGGAACUUCUUGCCCCCGCUCUGUCCGGCUCCUGCGCCCUCCUGUCCUUCUACGACAGCAGAUCGAAGCUUCUGCGGGUUGCUUGCACUGGCGACUCGCGCGCUGUCCUCGGCCGUCGAUCCGCGUCGGGCAAAUGGACCGCUACCGCUCUGUCGGUAGACCAGACGGGCGGUAACCCAGACGAGGCCGCCCGCUUGCGCAAGCUCCACCCUGGUGAGGACCGAGUCGUGCACAACGGCCGAGUCCUUGGCGGUUUGGAACCAACCCGCGCCUUCGGCGACGCGAGCUACAAGUGGAGCCGUGAGAUCACUAACAGACUCCGGGAAUCCUUCUUUGCCCGCUCCGCCUCUCCCCUCCUCAAGACGCCCCCGUACGUCACGGCCGAGCCCGUCGUUACGACGACCAAGAUCGAGCCCGAGAACGGAGACUUUGUGGUCAUGGCCACCGAUGGCUUGUGGGAGAUGUUGACCAAUGAGGAGGUCGUAGGUCUUGUCGGCAAGUGGAUCGAGAGCCAGGCCAGCGGCUCCUCGCAGUUCGACUCGACCUGGUCUAAGCUCUUCGGAUCUAAGCAGUCCACCUUGCCCGUCGAGCAGGCGAGCGACAAGAGCAUCGACGGCCAAAAGACGCCCAUUCGUCUGCAGCAGUGGGGCAUCUCACCCGACGCUCCGGAGCGGUUCGUCGUCAAGGAUAAAAAUGUGGCUACGCAUCUAGUCCGCAACGCCCUCGGUGGCAAGAACGAGGAGCAAGUCUCCGCUCUGCUGACUCUGCCGUCCCCAUUCUCCAGACGUUACAGGGACGACUUGACCGUGCAGGUCAUCUUUUUUGGGAACGGCGAAAAGACAGGCGAGGUUAACCUCAACGAGGAGGCAACGGCUGCGUCGAAGCAACAGCCCGCCAAGGCGAAGCUUUAG